AUGACAGACUAUCCAAAGGAAAACGUCAAACCCCCUGGAGGAGGCUCUAUGGCCCGCGCCAUCCGACCCUCCCUUGGUGGAAUGCGAAGCAGCUCUUAUCUGCAGGAACAUCAGCAAUACCGACCACCACAACCAGACGGACAUGAAGGGAUUGAUAGCAUCGUCGAGCGGACGCAAAAUGCGAAACUCAGCAGUUCUCCAUCUCGAAAACAAUUCAAUGGCGUUCCAUCGCCAGGUUCCCCUCCAAAGAUUAUCGAUAGCGGAUUGAACCAUUCAUUGAGCCAUGCGAAUUGUCAGCCAGCGCCUGGGACCAAAACUGAUCGCAUCGUCGCUACGAUCAUGUACAAGAAACCACAUAUUGAGAACACCAGCGACCUUUCCAUAGAUCGAUCACCUUCUCCAGCGAAACCCCCCACAAGAUCUAUUCCCCCGAACAUGGCACCAACACGAACACUAAGCCAAUUCCCACUCGAACCACCACCACCAGACCCAGAACCUCUCGACCAUCUCUACGGUUCCUACAUUUCCCCCCUCUGCCUCACCUCCUUCCUCCAUCUCAUCGCCUCUCUCCCCUCCAAACGCGGCUCCGAAACCCUCACCUCCUCCCAUCGCUGCCUCGAUAACCCCCUCCAUCCCUCCAUCGUCGAACUGACCUUCAGUCCCACCCCAGACCCCGAGUACGUCUCCCUCGAAGACCUCCGCCGCCAUGAACUCCUCUACCGCUUCGAGCGCGAAUGGAACGUCGAUGUGGUUCUGCAAGCCGACACCGUCACCCGGCGGUACCCACGCCUCGUAGUCUUCGACAUGGACAGCACGCUCAUCCAAGAAGAAGUCAUCGACCUAAUCGCCGCCAGCAUCGGUGUCGAGAAAGAAGUCUCGGCCAUCACCACCAGAGCAAUGAACGGCGAACUUGAUUUCUCAGCGAGUUUCAAGGAGAGAGUCGCCCUAUUGAAGGGCGUAGACGCGGAGAUCUUCACGAAAUUAAGAAACGUCAUCACACCCACAAACGGCGUCCGUGAACUCAUCCGCGCCCUCAAGAAAAUAGGCGUCAAAACCGCCGUCCUCUCAGGUGGUUUCAUCCCCUUAACGCAAUGGCUCGCCACCUCCCUCGGCAUCGACUACGCAUUCGCGAAUACCCUCGCCAUUGACCCGGCAACCAACACACUCACCGGCGAAGUCCUCGGCGACAUCGUAAACGCGGAACGGAAACGCGAUUUGCUCCUCCAGAUCUCGAAAGAGGUAGGCGCGGAUAAAGAUCAGGUUUUGGCGGUUGGAGAUGGCGCGAAUGAUCUGCUUAUGAUGGGAGCGGCGGGACUGGGGGUCGCGUGGAAUGCGAAGCCCGUCGUGCAGAUGCAGGCGCAGGCUAGGCUUAAUGGGGGGAGUUUGUUGGAUCUUUUGUUCUUGUUUGGGUUUACGGGGGAGGAGGUGGGGGUGUUAACGAAGUAG